AUGGAUCUCAAGAAUUCUACGCUGUUCUCUAGCAUUUACAAUGACCAAAUCACUCUUUCCAUUCAUCCAGAUAGCACUCCACGCAUAAAGACAGCCACCAUCACCUUGGACGGUGGGGUAUGUGGGCUGCGUCGUGAACAAAUUCUUGGUUGGCCUUCAAACACGGAGUCUCCAAUCGGUGCCAUCUGUCCGAAAAAAGCGACUCCGAAUGGGGGUCGCGCUAUAUGCAUCAUCUUAUUGCCAACUUCAGUUUUGUCCUACUGCGAGCUUCUUUCAGAUAUUUAACGGGAAUAGGCCCCGAUGUAAGUGAUCAUGUUUACGUUGUUCUAAUUAGCAAUCCAUCUUCCCCGGGAGUCUUUGUUUUGAUGUUCCGACUUUCUCCAGAUCGUAGGAAACUGCCAUUGGCUAGAUCGCAGUUGGUAGCCAGGCCCCGUAUUACAGAUGGCUGGGGGUUUGUUUACUGGGGCUAUUUUGUGGGGCUCCAUAAUCACAUCUGAUCCAUUUGGCUUCCGUUUUACGUUUGAGGCUAGGAUUAGGGUACCGGUUAAUGGCUUCCUAUUUUCGGGUUAGGGUUAUGCCUUUAGGCUUUGGUUUUCGAAUUACGGUUAGGGUUUGAGCGUUCAAAUAGGUUUCAGUAUUACGGUUACGUUUACGAUUUCGGUUAGGGUUGCCGUUAGGGUUAACGGUUAACGUUUAAGUUUGGGGUUAGAGUUAGGGUUAAGGUUGCCGUCCGCUUCCCCAUUCCUGGCUACCAGCUGCCAUCUAGCCCUGUAAUUUGCCCGAACGGUCUUCUUCACGUUUAAACGAUUCUUUUGUUAACUGAGAUUGCUUUUCAAAUCCAAAGUCUAGGUUUUCUCCCAUGUCACAGAUCAACGACCUCCCAGAACUGCGGCGUCUUAUUAAUGGCUGAGGGUUUUCUGUGUACAAUGCUCGUUAAAAAUGGAGACAACGUUCUGACUGAACGACUCAGCGCCCCUCACGCCAUUUCUCACACCUACAAGGGUCUCUCGCAAACAUGCCAGGUAAGUCGUGCCAAAAGUACACGACGGUCUACGGUGCACAUAGGUUCAUACAGUGGUCUGACGGUUCUCAAUCACGAUCAAUGCUUGGCACUUCAGUUCUGCCUAUGUUUUAAGCCCGCGUGGGUGGAGGGAGGAUUUGCUGGUCUUCUGUGUAUGCAAAGGCAGAUAACUGAUUUACUCUGGCUGGAGACAGGUGGUAUCUGAUUCUUGCGCUUUCUCGCAAGAGCGAAUCAUGUGAUAAACCCUGCCAGUCGCAGCUUUUUAUUCAAAAGACAUUAAUCUUCGUCACUCCUGUCAGAAAUGGUAGGGUCUAGAGAACUGACAUGUUAAUGAGUGCGGUCAAGACUUCGUGUCAUGCGUGAGGAAGAUUUUGAUUAGGAAAAUUUCGUGCAACUCUUUCAACCAGCUAUUUCUAUGAUGUGACAUACCGAAUAGUGAAAUGAAAAUUCGCCCAGGUAUGUGAGAAAACCCUUCUAGUUUGAAAAUGGCUGUUCUGAUUCGAAAUCGCCCACUGGAUAACGAAUUACUAAGAAUGUGGAUCUUCCUGAUAACCAAAAUUCGUGUUAUUCCGUGGGCCAAGUGUUCAAAUAGUUUUUGAAUAUUGCUUGAACGUUAGCCCGGUUAUUGUUAUGAAGGAAAAUACGCCUUUUCAACUAGUUACGAAGCUACAGGAGGAUUAAAUGAUAUUUGUGUUAGAUUGCAACGAUUGUAUCAAGAUCAAGUCUAUCGGACUGAUUACGUAAAUAGAAUUACUGUAACAUGGGAGGUAGACGAAAAUAUGUCCUCAUGCCUCUCAGCAAGAGUUGGCCGUAAAUUUGUGCUUUCAUUCAGUAGUCAGGCAAGCUGUCCAAGGUAUUCUGCACACAUUGGCAGCAAGCCAUUGCCCAGAAACACACGAUAGUUCGACUGUCGUUGCCGACGAUGUCCAUCGGGUGCUCCACAGCAUGGUAAGAGCAGUGACGGUGGCUUGUGCAUGAUUUAGUCUAUAGCGAUAGUAGAUUUGCACAGCAUCCACCGCACUCUCUCCUCCUCCCCCACCUGGACCCGGUGUCAAGACAGAGUCAAAAAGACAGGAAACGGGGGAGAACGCAGAUGGAUGGCACAGUCGAGCCCGCACCUUGGCGUUCCACUCCACACCCCCCUGGUCCCCCACAACAAGUGAAAAGAUUUCUUAACCAACAGCAACUCUGGGGGGGGGAGGGGGGGUAGCAGGAGUCCCAGUGUGCGCGACGCCUGCAGGCAACAGGGUCUGCCACCGCACCUUGAAAUUUUGGCAUUCCUUAUAGUGCACAAAUCCGAUAACGCCGGCCAGAGUCCGAUAUGGCCUCCAUGUUGGUUCAACGCAUCUACCACAUGGCCCGUUUAGGGGGCACACGACAGUUCGACCAUCGAUUCCGAUGAUGUCCACCGAGUGCUACAUAACAAGAUGCAGCAGGAAUGGUAAAUUGCGCGUGAAUUAGUUUUUAGCAACAGUAGACUUGCGCAGCAUCUGCCGCACCCUCUCCUCUGCACUCCCCACUUGGACCCGGUGUAGAGAUAGAGUACAGAGACCGGAGGCGGGGGGGAGCAGGUGGCUGGCAUGACCGGACCCGCACCUAGGCGUGCUACCACGCACACACGUGUGGAUGCUAAAUACGGACUUGAGACACUGUCUAUCCCACCCAGUCUUCUUCGGGCGAAUAUCCUCUGUCAUUCUGUUUCGUCGAAUUACUUUCGGGGAGUUGAUCAGCUUGUGAAAUAAUAGACGUCAAACCAACUGCUGUUUGCAGCAGGUAAGAUCUUAUUUCGUAGCCGCACCUGUGAGGAGUUAGGGUUAGGGAUCGAGGACUACACAAUGGUCACUAUUAUAUCUGAACUCACCAAUUACAUUCUUCUAGCACUCCACACAGCUCAGUUGCUUCUUAUCCAGGCUUGAGAUCCUAAACAUGGCAAUUAAUGUGACAGCUGAUAACAUCGCGACAGCCCGGUUUUCCACGACAUCACAUGUGCAAAUUACAACUAUGUUGGAUUUGUUAGUGUGGAUUGUUUCUGUAUAUCCUAACGCACGAGCGUCUUAUUAAAGGCUUUCUUCUCUCCACUGCAGACAAAAGUACAGGUAAGAACUGUAUGUACUUCUCACUCAUUCUUCGAUUUUCACAGCAUAUUGAAGUUUUGUAAUUUCCAUUGAGGCCAACGUGAGUGGACACGACGUUCAAUUUUUCAAGUUCAAGAGUUAUUUUCUAGGGUCAAUACUUUAUUUACCAAAGUUUCUGAAUUGGUGCAACAAAAGUCAGUACAAGUAUUCAGAAUUACGGACUACCGAGUUAGUUAUACUGUUUAUAAUUUUGACUCCUAGUAUUCUUAGUCUUUUUGUAUCCCUGAGGCUGUACUCAAUGACUGAUCCGAAUGCUCAUGUGAACUAAGUAUUUUUCCUAACGACUGAUCUCUCAACCUUAAAAGAAAUCUCUAGGAUAGGUAUUUCUCGGCAAGUUGACUGCACGCCUAGGUUCCCUCACCGUCUUUGUCACCAUAAAACUGAACCCUGAACUGCCACCUAGCCGCAACUGAGUUGCGAGACAGAUAUCCAAUGAGGGUGUAGUUACUUGGUGGAGUCCGAAAUGAGGUUAGUUAGCUUGGACAACUGAAUUGUCUUCUCCACCAUGGAAGGGUAUUAGCAGAUUAUGAAUGCGGUCAGUUAAAGUUAAGUGGAAUAUCUCAGCAGGACUGUCCCUUUAGUUUAAGAGUCGUGUAAGCACCCGGUAUUUACCAGUAGCAGUGGACCCGAAGAAAGUAUGUCCGCUUCUGUCGGGACAUUGAGUACACAGUCGUCCGCAAAGGGGCGUUUAUAGACGGUGGUUGUUGAAUCCUCGAGGGCAAUUUCAUUCGCCGGGUGUUGAAAUGCUGGCCGUCGGUCCUGUAGGCGAUGUGAAUCGCGGGACGCUCAUCACGGUAGGCGCCCAGAAGCACGAUAGAGGACAUGAGGCUGAAGAGGGUGGGAGCGAGUAAGCAGUCUUGCUUCACUCUAUUGAUCACUGAGAAUGCCUCUGAGGCUCUCCCGUUGUCUGUGACAGGCGCCAUCAUGUGUCACGGAGCUGACUCACCAUGUGCGUGAAUCGCUCGGGGCAGCCGAAUUCCUGCAUGAUUUCUCGGAGUCCAUCGCCACUAGCCGUGUCGAAGUCUUUCACCAGGUCCGCGGAAUUAAAGCAGAGAUGGGUCCGGACUCCUGUCACUUCUCUUAUAUAAAUGAAGAAACUCAGAACAAUGAAUAGACUGUUCCGGCGCUCGGUCAGCCUUCCUCUUCUUCACUUAUACAUGCACCCGGAACUCGAGCUUUUGCUUUCGCUUCUCUUAUAGUUGGCGAACGAUGAAGAUCAUAUCGACAGUGCCGAGACUCCUUCGGAAUCCGCACUGGCUUUCUGGGAGGAGACCUUAUUCCAAAUGGGUGUUCAGGCGAUUGUGGAGGACGCGUGCGAAGACUAUCCCUGA